UCAUGCAUAUCACCACAUAUCCUAAGUUGGUGUUUCUUUAUUGAUUUCCUUUUUCGAAUCAUCUUCCAUCUUCAAGAAUGUCAAAACAGAAGAUGGAGAUAAAGAAGAUAGAGAAGAAUGCAUCAAGGCAAGCCACCUUUAGUAAGAGGAAGAGAGGGAUUUUCAAGAAGGCUAAGGAGCUUUCAACUCUUUGUGAUGCUGACUUGGCUCUCAUUGUCUUUUCUCCUUCUGGCAAGCUCUUCGAUUUCGCUUCCUCAAGUGUGCAGGAAGUAACUGAAAGAUAUCAUAUGCAAACAAGCAUUUACAGAUCACAAGACCAACAGUCUCAUGAGUUUCAACUUGAGAAGGACACCUACUACCUGAAGUGCAAGGAACUCACAGAUAAGACUAUUGGACUCAGGCACUUGAAUGGAGAGGAGCUGCAAGGAUUGAAAAUUCAUGAACUACAAAAACUAGAGAGAGUGUUAGAAAAGGGUUUGGCUCGUGUUUCAAAAGAAAAGGAUCAAAGAAAUCUUAAAGAUAUUAUUGAGAUGAAGAAAAGGGGACUUCAAAUGGUGCAAGACAACCAUCGACUGAAAAAGAUGAGAAGUCAAGCAAACAGCCAAGGGCAAUCAUCAAAGUCAAACUCUGUUGAAGAGUCAGAUAACCGUGAUCAUGAUGCUCCUAAUCUCAACUUGGGGCUUCCAAUGUUCGAAUGAAAUGAAACCGUAAAAAGUUAAUUUGGGAGAAGCGCAGUUGUGUUCUCUUUCAUUAUUAGCUCAAAUAAUAUCCUUAUUAGUAGUAAGUAGUAGUAUCUAUAAUUGUAAGUAUAUAAUAAUGGUGAAUGAUGAUAGAUACAUAUGGUUCUUAUAUUAUCGAUGAUCACCAAAGAUACUGUUACCUAGCAUAACAGGUUAAUAAUAAAUUAAUAACCAUCUGACAUGAGAUG